CUCCCCAACAACAAGCACCUUACAGUCAACCACGAAAAGCUCCACAACAACUUCCACACCUGGAACCACACCAACAACGUCCUCCACAGAAUCCUCCCAACAACCGCCACCCCUGGGGGAACCACGGAAUCCCCUGAGACGGCAACCUCCACUGCCUCCACGGAACACCACACAUCCUCUGGAGAAACAAGAAGCUCCACAACAAUUUCCACAUCUGGAAUCCCAACAGUGACAUCCACCACAGAAUCCUCCCCAAUAACAACCGCCCUUGAGGGAACCACAAAUUCCCAUGAGACAGAAACCUCCACCACCUCUACAGAAGGAUUGAGUGAAAUCUCCACAUCCACAGAAGAAACGACAAGCUCCACAACAAUUUCCCCAAGCGGAACCCCACCAAUAACAUCCCCUACAUCCCCUAUAACAACCACCUUUGAGGGAACCACGAAUUCCCAUGAGACGGAAACCUCCACCGCCUCUACAGAGGGACCCAGGGAACAUUCCACAUCCUCAGGAGAAAACGAACGCUCCACAGCAACUUCCCCACCUGGGACCACCCCAACAGCAGCCCCGACUGAGCCCCCUUUGACGAAUUUCAAUAUCACCUUCCACAUCGCAAUGGAUUUUACUAAGGACUUGGAUAAUUCGUCCUCCGAAGCAUACCGCAACCUGACUUGGACAAUCGGGAAGAUGUAUGAUGACAUUUACAACUGCUCUACGUGCCCUGCUAAAUAUGGGACAUAUCUUGGAUUCACUGUGAACAAAUUCAGUAGCGGUUCAGUGCUGGCAGAUACAACGGUACACUUCGAGAAAAGCGCAGAUGUCUCCGCCGGAGUGAUCAGAACUGCUCUGAGCAACGCAACAGAAGACCAAUGGCAGGGUCUCAACCUGACUCAGAUUGAAGUGACCAAGCAGGAGACGACAACGACGCCUUCUCCCACCACAGCUAGCACCAGCUCAAAUACAACCACACCUAAGCCUCCCAUAGAGCAGACGUUCACCAUCACUUACCACAUCACAAUGAAUUUUACUGAGGACUUGUUGGAUUCGUCCUCCGAAGCAUACCGCAGCCUGAAUGAGACAAUCGGGAAGAUGUAUGAGGAAGUUUUCAACUGCACGGGAUGCCUUGCUGAAGGGAAAUAUAUGGGGUACAAGGUGAAUUCUUUCAGUAGCGGUUCAGUGCUGGCAGAUACAACGGUACGCUUCCAGGAAAGUGCAGGUGUUUCCGCCGAUACGCUCCGCACUGCUCUGAACGACGCACCUGAAGACAAACGGCAGGGUCUCAACCUGACUCAGAUUGAAGUGACCAAGCAGGAGACGACAACGAUGCCUUCUCCCACCACGACUAGCACCAGCUCAAAGACAACCACACCUAAGCCUCCCAUAGAGCAGACGUUCACCAUCACAUACCACAUCACAAUGAAUUUUACUGAGGACUUGUCGGAUUCGUCCUCCGAAGCAUACCGCAGCCUGAAUGAGACAAUCGGGAAGAUGUAUGAGGAAGUUUUCAACUGCACGGGAUGCCUUGCUGAAGGGAAAUAUAUGGGGUACAAGGUGAAUUCUUUCAGAAAUGGCUCAGUGCUGGCAGAUACAACGGUACGCUUCCAGGAAAGCGCAGGUGUUUCCGCCGAUAAGCUCCGCACUGCUCUGAGCGACGCACCUGAAGACAAACGGCAUGGUCUCACCCUGACUCAGAUUGAAGUGACCGAGCAGGAGACGACAACGACGCCUUCUCCCACCACGAACUAG